AUGCAGAGCCCUGAGGCAUCGGGCUCCGGUGCGCUCGCUGGCCUGCCCUCUACGCUCAAAACGGUGAUAGGAACCCCAUCGACGUCACCGCUCGGCUUCGUAUCCUCCACAAUCCCAAGCGCUGUCCAGACCGCAUCUUCCCUAUCGCGAAAUCAGAUUCAAGAAAACCUCCAGCAUGUCAUCUCCAGUCUGUCCUCCUCCGACUCUGUCGGUGAGCGCGUCGUUGCCGCCAGCGGCGACUCGUCCGGCUCGACCGGCAAAGGCAUCCUGAUUGGAAUCCUGUCGGCCUUCGGGUCGGCAGCGAUAGCAUUCGUUGUGCUUGCAAUCUUCUUCUUCUUUAAAUAUACCCAGCGUGGGCGAAUUAUGCUCGAUCGCAUUGGCCGCCCGGGUGAAUAUGACGAUGAACAGGCUUUCGCUCGGGAGGAGGAGGAGGCGCUAGUGACCAUGGACGACCUAUCACGGUCGGAAUACCUACGAGCCAAAGCAUUCGUCCAAGCCAACCCUCCAGAAUCCAUGCAAACCGAUAUCUCGCUGUCGCAGUUCCUCGCCAUUCAAGAAAAAGGUGUUUCCGCUUGGGAGUUUCAACCAGAACUAGAGAUCGCCAACUGUUUCGUGGAAGGUCGUACGGAAAUUGAGUUCUUCGAUUCGGAGUGCAGCGUGCAGACCAAUCUACCCAUUCCGAAACAGAACGAAGUCUACUACUGGGAAGCCAAGAUCUAUGAUAAACCAGAGUCGACAAUGAUUGGUGUCGGCCUGACCACGAAGCCAUACCCUCUAUUCCGAAUGCCUGGCUUCCACAAAAUCUCUGUUGCCUACCAAUCUACCGGCCACCGCCGGCACAACCAGCCAUUUACGCCGACACCUUACGGUCCGUCGCUCCUCCAAGGCGACGUGAUCGGCAUUGGCUACCGGCCGCGAUCGGGUACCAUCUUCUUCACCCGCAACGGCAAGAAGCUUGAGGAUGUCGCCCACAACUACCGAACCCAAAACCUGUUUCCUACAGUCGGUGCCAACGGACCCUGUACCGUCCAUGUCAAUUUUGGUCAAAUGGGUUUUGUGUUUAUCGAAGCCAAUGUGAAAAAAUGGGGUUUGGCCCCCAUGACAGGCAGCCUCGCCCCGCCCCCACCCUAUGGCAGUGAGCAAGGCAGCAUCUUGCUCGAGUCAGGCAGGGAAAGCGCUGCUACAAUUUCCCAGCGGGUUUACCAGGCCCACACAGCUCGGAGCUCCAGUAUUGGAAUUCCCCAGGCCGUCAGUCCCGGUCCAAUCCGUUCCCCGACCGACAUUUCCCUUGCCCAGCUGGCCCGGGUUCCAUCCAAUGAGGAUGCUGGUGAAGGGUCCAGCCGCGUCGGAGCCGACGGGGACCAUACCAGCACCCCUAUAGCAGCUCCUAUAUCAGGGCCUCCCGAUGAACAUGAGGCUCCACCUCCCGAAUAUUCGAGCCCUGGAAGCAGUCGCAGAGGCAGCGAUGCCUCUUUGGAAUUUCCUGCCCGAGGCUCCGGGGGACUGAGGCUGCCCCCUGGCAACGACCUUGAGUCUCAGCAUUUGCCAAGCUAUCAAGCUGUGGUCGAUCGAGAUUUCAGCGAGCAUCAAUAA